CGGACUGAAAUGACGGACUUUGUUUUUUUUCCAGUGUUCCCGCGUUCGUAUUAGGGACGCGUUGUAUUUGACGUUUAUAUUUUUUAUUUGUCAGUGCGUGAACUUGGUUGUUACAGCCACGUGAUGCAAGAGGCAAAUCGCAUGUGGGCGAGCGCUUCCUUCGUGGGAGUACUCAUUAUCAUCGGAGUGCCUCUGUGGUGGAAGACCACGGAAGUAUACAGAGUAGCGUUGCCAUACGACAAGAUCAAUGCAUUCGACCCCAUGUCGCACUUCAUCUCCUCAGAGCUGACCGUGCUCGCCAAUGACGAUAAGACCGCUCAGGAUAUUGCGGAACAGGUUGAGAAGGCCUUUGAACAGUCUGACGUCAUAAAACUGAAAAUCAAAAAGCAGGUGCUGUCUAACGAACUCCAACACAUCCUGGACACAGUGGCUGAUGAGCAGGAGGCGCUGGAGGAGGUCGGAGCAUCAUUCGACACCAAGAAACACAAUACAUUCUACCUGGUACAGAGGAAACCCUUGUUUGAGGAUGUUUGGGUGGGCGGUGAAAGGGUCGCAUUUUUCAGGGAUGCUAAAGCUGCAUCCUCCUUAGUCAAAGCACUAGUACACUGGAUUUACGAGCCCUCAGUACUCAGUGGUGCAAGAUCUGAGACAGCAGACCCAGCGAGGCAGAUUCGAUUCCCGAGCGGGCCAGGAUUCCACGUGGUACUCUCGGUAGUACAUCCCAAACCACAGUUGAUGAAAGUUGAAUUCAAUGCACGGGAUGCUGUUGAAGAUUACAUCGGUUCGUUCGUGGAUGAAAUCUCUGACUUACACAACUUUACACUCAAGUCCCAGUGGCUACACUUACUCGAGUUUAAUUUCGAAGCGAAAGAGGUCACUGACGCAACCGGGGGUCGUCACUUCGCAGUGCGACAAGACCGCCUCCCAUUGCUACUAACACGUCUGGAGGAACGCGCCGCGACUCACGUAUCAGAGAGACCGACCCUUAACCUGGCGCUGUACAUCGUCCCGUGUGAAAUCGCGCCUCUUGUGUUGUAUGAUGCUGAUAAUAAAAGAGUAUCGUCGCCAGUUCAAGCGUUCAUGUCACCGAAGUGGGGAGGAGUAGUCCUCGGCAGUCCCUCCCAGCUGGAGUGUCAGGAGAAACUGUUCAAGCCGAACGUUAACCUCAUCAUGGGCACUUUCCUGUCGCAGCUGAGGAAACUACUCGGUAUCACUGAUAAGCCAGUGGUCCCCGGCGCCCACCUGGAACCCCUCCGGCGCGUUACUCCACGUCGCUGGGAGCGCGACUCGUUGUUACGUCUGCGAGCCCUCGACCAGCUCGCUUCCGCUCAGGCCAGCCUCGCCUCACUGGCCAAGCUGCUGGGUGAAAUAUCCAACAUCGUGAUAAACGACGAAGUGGGAGCGUCCAUAAACCUGGCUGUGGACAGCAUCCAAGUCGCCGGCGAGCUCAUGAAGCAAGGGGAUUUGUUGGCAGCUCACAAAUACGCGCAACAGGCCUUUCUUGCUGCUGAAACAGCCUUCAUGGAACCCAGUCUAUUAGCCCUACUAUACUUCCCUGAUGACCAAAAAUACGCCAUAUACAUACCACUUUUCCUGCCCAUCAUGUUUCCGGUCGUCUUGUCGUUGAAGAACUUAAUCCUCUGGUUCAGAGGAAAACCCGUGCUUAAGGAGAAGACUGAUUAAUAUUAUUUGUUCCAAAUUAAUUUAUUAGUCAAAUAAAAUAUUUUAAUAAA